UUUUUUAGAGUUCUACUUUUGUUAACAAUUACAAUAAUAUUUCAGGGAGCUUAACUAAUAUUUGAAGAUUUCAAAUUUGUUUAUCCAGAACUGAUAAAAAACUUUUUAAAAGGCACACUUCCUUAUAUCUCAGAAAUAUUGCUUAAGGGACCAACAAUCUGAACGGGUCAUACUAAUUUUUUUAUUACGUAUGUGUAUAAUAGACCACCCGCAAAACUCUUUUAAAUACAUAAAAAUAUUUGAAAUAAUGUUCUCGCUCAUCCGCAUGUUUGAGAAACAUCAAAUAACAUCUUCAUCGAAAUUUGAAAAGUUACCUAUGCCAUAAUCAAUUCGUAGCAGCUCGUAAAGUUAAAUUCUUCUCCGCUUCGUCGUCUUCUACUAACACCAGCACGUAGCGAAUCGGAAACUUUCAAUUUAACCAAAAAAAGUCAUAACUUUUUAAUUUUAUGCUAGCCAAUAACAAUAACCUACAGCUAGCUCAUACACCUCAUCAAUUCAUUGUUCAGUGUUUGACCUUUUUUUUUGUGUCUACCUAAAAAUAAUUCACGUUCUGUGCCUAAACAGUAAUUUGAUUAUCCCAAAUUACCAUUUUAAUUAAGUUUACAAGUUGGCAACAAUACGUUGGCUAAGGUUAAUACACUGCGUUGGAUUUUAGCUGAAUUCUAGCUCGCUGCUCCAGAACGACGACCAAGCUGAAACGCAACCAUUUAUUUCGACAUCUAAGUAAUUUUAGUUAGUUUCAUUUGCCGAGGCGAAUGUACGACGUUUAUUUUGGACGGGCAAACGGAACGGCAUGAAUUUCUAAAGAAUUCAAAGCGGAAGAAGGAAAAUGUCUCAUGGCAUUACAAUUAAAGCAAUCACACAGAGAGGGAGAGAGUUAAGGAGAGCGCGAGCGCUCAAACGCCUAAAAGAGAGUUAAUGAGUGCGGUGUUUAUUUAAUAAUAAUAAAGACUACCUCUUCAUGUGCUGGCAUGUGGAGUCAACAUAUAUGGAGCACUGAUGCGCUCAGCGUUACAAGCACACAUAAAUAGAACGUGGUACAUUCGGUGAGACCGGCAGUUUUAGAGUCAGAGUCAGAGUCGGCCGGUACGUUGAUUGGUUUGGUUCGUUGCGUUUUCGGAAUGGUUUGAUUAUUGGAUUGAAUUGACUUGGAUGGGAUUGACUUCAAUCGAAUUGGCAGUUGAUCUAAUCGCAUCUGAUCGCAGUGGAUUGCACAUUCUAAAAUAUACCAACAUACAUACUUAUAAAUAUAUUUAGAUAUAAAAACACACAAACAUACAGUUAAAAAGUGCGUGAGCCAUCAUUUGUUGGCGAAGUGUUUGCAGCCGAAAAGUUAUUGCCAAUUUGUGUUUGUAGGAAAGUGCAAAGUGUUUAAAUAACGUGAAAAACGACGAAAGAACAUUUGUGUGUGUGUCAGCAUGCAAAUAUAUUUGGUGUAAAUCACCUGAAGUGUAAUUGAACAUUUGAACAUCGGCGGCUUAUCAAACGCACAGCGCACACACACACAUACAAACAUAUUUACGCAACGCACACGCAUACAAACAAACACGCAAGCGGAUAAAGGUGGAGGCACACACGCGCCCAUCCACCCACCAGCCAGUUUGAUAAACGAAGAUUUGUGACGUCGUCGGCUGCGCUGUCGUGAUUCGUGAAUGUGCCACUGCGGAAAGCACUCGCACACACACUCAGGCGCGCUCACGCAAGCAACUCAACCACACACACACACACACGCACAAGUGCUAAUGCUCACUGAAAUAUCUUGGCAUUUCGGCGAGAGCAAAAGCAGUCGCGCGUUCGUAUGUACUUUGCGAAUUCUCCCAGCCUCUUUGAGUUAGUCAGCGAGUGAGUCGUCGACUCUUUGCAAUUAGAAGAAGCGUCAAGUAGACACGAAGAAGUGUGGCCGCAAGCAGCUGCCACAAGCGAGCUUCGUUCGUACCUUGCCCACUCAUAGUGUGGGUAUAGAUUUGCAACAGGGCAAACGAGCAACAGUGCAACAGUUUUGGCGAAGUUGUGUCUCCAGUUGCAGCUGCCAUCGUCGGUCGUUCGUGCUCCGUGUUCUCGCUGUGUUGCUGUGACUUUGCGACACUUUGUUUGUGCGUGUGUUUUGUUGUUUGUUGUCAUCUCCGUACGCCGUACGUAGCCGGCAGGGCGCAACGUGUAAACUGGCGCAAAUGCCGCUGCGGUCGUCGCCGCUGCCUGCUGCAAAAUGGAAACGAACAGUGUGCAACUUUGCCGCAUCUGCAUCUCAACGAAUGUGGGCUGCACGCAAAUGAUUUCGAUAUUUGGCGAAGAUUCGCUGUGGCAGAAAAUCACCACAUUGGCCGAUGUUAAGAUCGAAAAAGGCGACACCCUACCGCAACAGGUGUGUGUGACAUGUGCCAAAAAUGCAAUAUCCGCAUGUCUCUUCAAGAAGAAGUGCGAAGAUGCUGACAAUUUCUUUCGCCAGCAAUUGCUCAUACAAAAGUUCGAGAAUCGCACGUCGACUGGCAGUAAUGCGGCGUCCGCGCAACCGGAAGUCGACUCCACCGAUCAAGUGCCCGAAGUGGCCGCUAUGGAGAGCUAUGGCGGCAGCGACGGCGACGGUGAGGGACCACACGACCAAACGCAUGUCAGCGCCAGCGCACACUCGAAUGGCUUAAUGAUCGAAGAGGACGAUGGUGAAAUAAAGUUUCCGUACGCCAAACCGCCGUUCGACUUUCAUUCCAUACGACUAAUGCACGAGUACAUGCAACAGCAGUUGAGUAAGAUUAACGGUUCACAUAAGAGUGCCGGAGCUGACAAUAGCGGCGCGAAUUCGGAUGCCGCUGCUGAUGACGAUGAAGAGGAUCCACUGCCGCUGAUGCCCGAAGUGCAGCUACUAACACCAAACGACGAAGUGGCGGUCGUCGGUGGCGCUAAUAACAACAACAUACCUGCUUACGGUGGCGUCGAACAGCCGGCGCUGCGCGGCUACCAGUGUCCGGACUGUUUCCAAAUUUUCGAAAUGAAGCAGAUACUCAAGGCGCACAUGCAGAGCGUACACGGCACACAGGGACCCGUUUAUGAGUGCACGAAUUGCAAGAAGACAUAUUUCUACAAGCGAUUCCUCGAGAAGCAUGUGCGGCGCGGACGUUGCGUCAAGAAGCGACGCAAUCAAACGCGGCCGAUGCAGUGCUCCGAUUGUCACGUGCUGUUCCCUACUGGACACCAUUUGGGCUGGCAUAAACGCACAGGUUGUCCGUCGCGGGCCGCAAAAAUGCCAUUACAACAACUGUUGAAGCAGAACAUCGUUGAGUACAACAACUUUCCGAAACGUGUUGGCAUACGUAAGCCCGAGAAUGCGCUCUAUCUGCAUAAUAGGAAACUUCACAUUGCCAAUAAUAAGCGCAAAGGACGCACUCGUAUCAAAUUGGAUUCGAAGAAAAUUGCACUGGCAAAGCAGCUUAUACUGCGAGAAGCCACCACUACCGUUAUAGCCAACGAGUUGAACAUUUCGCGCACCUUUGCUUGGCGUCUUCGCAAGAGUCUGGUGAACGGGGUCAGCCUGCAUGAGCGUGUCAUCGACAACAAUGGCGAGGAGUGCGACGAAACGGCAGCUCAGCCGAUGGUAGCUGACAGCACUGAGGAGCUACCACGGUUAUACCCCUUAGCACAACCGUUAGAUCAGUUCGCGCAAAUGCAACGCAUGGUGAAGCAGGAGAAGUCCGAGAGCGAUGACGAGUCCGAAGAAGGCGAAGGCGGAGAGGAAAGAGAUUCUAGGCGUGAAAACGAAGCUGCUGGAGUCGAGCAGCAAGAAAAUAACGAAGCACAUGCUCGGGCGUUGGAGGUCCCGCGCGAACAGUUGCAACACGAACAGUAUGCAGCAGCAGCAGCAGCAGCGGAGAAGCAACAGUUGCAGGCUGAAGAGUCUGCAUUGACUGCUAAGCUGAUGGAACAACAGUUAUUACAAUUACAACAACAACAGCAACAGCAAAGUCUUAACAAUGCGAAUAAUGCGGAGGGCGAUAACGAUAAUGAUGACGAUUCUGACAGUGACUCCGAUGAUUCGGAUGACGAUGACGACGACGACGACGAUGACGAUGAUGAUGACGACGAAGAAGACGAAGAUAACAAAAAUGGCGACGACGGUGAAGAGACUGAUAAUUCUGUAGAGAAAAGCGAUGACACUAAGAAGUCGGAACAAGAUCAAGCACAAAAAUUACAAAUGCAACAACGUGAACUAGAACAAAACUAUCAGCUCCAACAGCAUAUUCAACACCCACAAAGUGUAAUACAAACAAAUGCAGCACUUCCACAAGCGCUAAUGGAGGGUGCCGUCGCACCGGGGCUUAUAACACCGAAGGACUUGAAUGGACUGCGUCAACAGUUGUCAAAUCACAGUAAGGAGAGUGUAGCUCAGUCAGUGAUCACACAAUUUCCGUCCGCAGCCGCCGCCGCCGUGCACCAACUCCCUGUGAAUCUAUCAAUUCGCACCCCGCAAGGCGCGCAGAACAACGAACCGCCAAACAAGGAGACUCACACGCCUGCUACCACAGGUCAGACAAAGAAACCGCGUAAACCAAACGUUUUCAUUGACGACGAGAAAUAUGCGAUGGCCAAGACGUUGGUCGCACAGAACGCAUCCACCAUGGAGAUAGCACGCGCACUGAAUGUCUCACAAAUGACCGCUUGGAAGGUACGCGAUGCCAUUGUCAAAGGAUUGCCGUUGUCAUAUCGCAACAAGAGAGACGGUCGCAGUGCCUCAAAUGGGUCGAGUGUUUGUGGCGAAGCGGCUGGCGGCGCUGUUACGGAUAGCAUUGAGUCACAGAUGGCACAUCAAUUGCUCUUGCAACAGCAGCUGCAACAAGAGCAGCACCGACAGCUACAGAUACAACAACAACAUCAGCAACAAAAACGUUUACAGCAACAACAGCAAGAGCGCUUGCGUUUACUGCAACGCCAACAGCAACAACUGAAAGAACAACAACAUUUGCAGAAGCAACAGCUACAGCAGCAGCAACAGCAGCUACAAGAACAACAACAACUUGCACAACAACAACAGCAAUUGCUUGACGGACAACACUACGCCACAUCACAACCAUCCGCCUCGCCGCCACAAUACGAGCAACCGGCCACCAGCACCCCCACCACAGCGCCCGGACCGGUGAAAUUCGUACAUCCACGACGUCGUUUAAAGGCAGCCGAGCGUGAGCAACGCGACAAGGAGAUAACACGUGAGAUACUCGAACUCAUACGCGAAGACAGCAACAUACAGUAUUGGAAGGUGUCGGCACGCCUCGCCGAGAAAGGCUUCCCCAUUUCACCGUCUUCGGUCUGUCAGAAGCUCAAAUCGAUGGGCAUACAUCGGCGCUGGAAGCCCGGCGACAAGCCGCCCAUGAUGGUGGACAUGGAUCAGUUGAAGGCGGCAAGUGCCAUAGCCGGUAAUUUGGUGCCGCCACCAAAUGCGGCCGAAGAGGGUUACGAACAGCAGUUCGAUAUGGGUGGCGCACACUUUCUUAGUGCCUUUACGCGAUGAACAAAGCAGUGCCGUGCAAAAAAGUGGAGACUUACGGCGCCUGGUGAGCGUAAGCUCACAUAUUUAUUACAACAAUAUUCAACCAAGAUCAAAGUUAAGAACAAGGAAUGCGUAUUAUAUAAUAUAUGCUGUUGCACUUUUAUAUACAUACAUACGUAUAUAGGAACAGUAUCUUACGAGUUAAUCACAUAUAAUAAGACAGUAGUUGUAAUCUAGUUAUAUAAAGCAGUCACAUGCAAGCAAAAAGUAUUCAAGUUCUAAUUAGUGUUAUACAAAGUGACACAUUAUAGUUAAUAACUAAAGUAUUUAAGCAUAAAGUUUUAAGCAGAAAAGUGUAAAAUGUAUAACAAUGUCUAUGCAGAAGCAAAGUUACAGUAUUUGCAGGGAAGUUAGUUAAAAGUUCGAACUAAAUACUAUUUUUUAAGCAUUGCCCUGCUGAUUUUUGAAAAAACUGUUGUUAGACGCAUCAUUCCAGUUUAACUUUUGCUUUAAAAUUUAGCAUACAUACAUAUCCAGAUUAAAUUAAUUACUGAACAAGUAUUAAACUUGAAAAAAUUUGAGAAAAGUCAUGAAAUGGCGAAAAAAAAGACAGCUUCCAUUUUUAUAUACACACACAUAAAUAAUUUUUAGUACGCACAAAAUGAUUUCUUUCUCGCACAUAAGCAGCUAUAUACAUACAUAUAUAUUUAUUUUAUGUUUAAUACACUAUAAUAUACAUUAAUAUAUUUUGAAGUUGUAAGGAGGCAUAUAUGAAAGACUAGCUUGAACAAAAUAUUAGAAGACUCUAGCACGUAAUAGCUAUUUAUAGACACACAAAUACAUAUAAUUUGCUACUUGCAUAAGUUGAAAAAGCUAUUAAAUCAAACCAUUUAUUUUUUAGUUUAAGUUAAAAGUUUUUGUUGGCAGUAUUUCGAGCUACGCGUUUCGAAACCUGCUUAAAAAAUUGUUUAGCCUUUUAAUAAGCAUAAAAUCAGAGCCAUUAGUUUGCUGAGAUACUAAAAUAGAAUUCAUUUUACUUGAACUUGCAACAAUUACAACAAAUAAAUGAUUUUUUUCAACAAUACAGCUUUUAGUUAGUUUAUGGCAUAUAAAAAUGUAUGAGACUACAAUAACUACAAUAUAUGUACGUAUAUAGCAUAAUUAUAUAUUAGUGCACAACUGGAUUUUACAUUUAAUUUUUUUUUUAAUUUUAUUUUUUUCAAUUAUAAAUUUUUACAAUUUUUUUUAAGCUUCUAAUCUACAAAUCAUAUUUUUUUCUUAAUUUUAAUUUUUCCAGUAUUUUUUUAAACCAACGCAUAUGUUUGUGGCAACGCACUGAAAUAUUCCAAAUGAGUUCCUUUGUAUUUUUUAUUUACUUGCACCGUGCAUUGCACCUGUGCAGACAUCCGUCCGAGUUUUUGUUUGACACUUAAAUGCUGCUGCGCAUGUAUAGCAUUCCGUUAGGCAACCAAAAAGACAAACAAAUUGUUAUUAUUACAAAGGAAUUAAAUAUUUUGCGCAAAUUUAUUGUGUGUUUUAGAAAAAUAAAUCAUAAAAUGUUAUGAGAGACAAUUGCUCCACAUACGAGGCUCCCAAGAAAACAUGAUGCAACCUAUUUGCGGUUAUAGACUAAACAAAAUGCCUAUGGUAUUAUAUACAUACAUACAUAAUAUGUAUUAUAUUUUAAUGUAUUAAUUUAAUUGAACUCAUACUGGCUCAUUAAUAGCAGUAAAUUGUUAAUAAAAACAAUAUAUCUAAAACGUAUGUUACAAUACACAUACAUAUAUACAUACAUACAUAAUGCAGUAUAUAGUAGCAACAACUAGCAAAAAUAGUUAUGCAAUGUUAAUCAGUGAGAAAUAAGCCUUAAAGUGCAAUUAAUGGAAAACACACACACACACUUGAAAUCGUGUAUGAACAUGUCCAAUUCAUUGAGUCAAACAAAUCGUUGAGAAAUAAUAUCGUAAAACUGCAGCUCAGUUGUAACCAAGCUUACAAGCACCUACAUACACACACAUAUAACUUAAUAAAUAAUUGUGUUGAAAAACAAAAGUUUUAGCGAAAGUAUUAGUUAUAAACAUACACAUAAUAUGUAUUAAACAGAACAAGAGUAUAAAGGCUUAUAUAUAGUGUUAAGCAUUAAUUGUUAAAUAUAUAUAUUGAAAUGCAUACACAAUAAUACAUACAUACAUACGUGCUGAGAAAUAUGAAACUUACAUAUGUAUGUACGUAAUGAAUUUGAGAUGAAAUUAUGCGAAAUGCUAACUUGUAUGAAAUUAUUUAUUAAUGUAAAGCAAAAUACCUAUAUAUGCAAAAGUAGAUAAACUUAUUAAUUGCAAAAACGGCAGCCAUUUACUAAGAACAACUCACGUUUGCCUCAAACAGCCUUAGCUUUAUUUAUAUUUUUUUACUUAAAUUCACUGUAUUUUAAUGUUUGAUUACUACAUUCACACAGUAUUUAAUGAUAGAAAAGAUUUUUUUUGCUUUGACCAUGAUACGAUUAUAUAAGCUUUUGUAGGACGCUCAAAAACCAUAAUUUGCCAAAACUCAGUCGUUUUGCUUAGUUUUUAUGUUUCAAAAAUAAGUUUUUCAAAGAUUUCAGCCAUUAAAAAUAUGUUUUUU